AUGGUGUCGAUCCGGAGUGGUUCAAUCGUGAUUCUGGUUCUGCUGGCUGUAUCAUGUAUGGCUAUGGUUGCAAAUGGGGAAGACAAAACGAUUGUCAAGAAGAAGGUGAGGGGAAAGACGGUGUGCACACAGGGAUGGGAAUGUGGGUGGUAUUCUGUAUACUGCUGCAACGAGACGAUAUCAGAUUACUUUCAGGUUUAUCAGUUUGAGCAACUCUUUUCCAAAAGAAACACACCUGUAGCUCACGCUGCUGGUUUCUGGGACUACCAGUCCUUCAUCACCGCUGCUGCUCUCUUUGAGCCUCUUGGGUUUGGUACCACUGGAGGAAAGCUCAUGGGACAGAAAGAAAUGGCUGCGUUUCUCGGUCAUGUCGCCAGCAAAACGUCCUGUGGCUACGGAGUGGCAACAGGAGGGCCUUUAGCUUGGGGUUUGUGCUAUAACAGGGAAAUGAGCCCAAGCCAAUCUUACUGUGACGAGUCCUGGAAGUACAAGUACCCUUGUAGCCCUGGAGCUGAAUACUACGGACGUGGUGCCUUGCCCAUUUACUGGAACUUCAACUACGGUGCAGCCGGUGAUGCUUUGAAAGCUGAUCUCUUGAACCACCCGGAGUACAUCGAGCAGAACGCGACCCUCGCCUUCCAAGCUGCAAUCUGGAGAUGGAUGACACCAAUCAAGAAAAACCAGCCCUCAGCUCACGACAUCUUUGUUGGAAACUGGAAACCUACGAAGAACGACACUCUGUCCAAACGUGGUCCGACUUUUGGAAGCACCAUGAACGUCUUGUACGGAGAGCUCACGUGUGGUCAAGGUAGCAUCGACCCAAUGAACAACAUAGUCUCACACUACUUGUACUUCCUCGACCUCUUGGGUAUUGGAAGAGAAGACGCCGGACCAAACGAAGAGCUCAGUUGCGCCGAGCAGAAAGCAUUCAACCCUUCAACUGCACCUACCGCUUCCUCUUCGUAA